AAGCUGGCUUGGCUACGUUUCAGUCCCAUGCCAACGCGAAGCAGAAAUCAAUUACCAUUGAUUGUACGCGAUUGCACGUAGCAUACGCCCAACGUCCCGUCCGUUUGAGGAGGCCGCUUCUUCUUUCUUUCUGGCGACAAAUAGCGAUGAACCGCCCUACACACCAUGAGAGGCUUGGGCGAAGAAAGGCGUGUGAUCUUUGCUGUAAAAAAAAGGUCCGGUGUGACGCGAAAAUCCCGAAAUGCUCGACCUGCCUCCUGCGUCAAACUGACUGUACCUGGACCCUGGAUGUUGUCGCCCCAAAGGUGGCUCACCGGGCAGAACUCUCUCAUCAAAUCCGCUUCAGUGAGAUUGAGAGCCGGCUUGCCGCCAUAGAGGCUCGAUUUCACUCUGCAGAGACUGGAGAGCGGUCGCGAUGGCCGGAAUGGGCUGGAUCAGGCCCAGUAUCCGAGCAACUAUCGUCUCUCGACCCUCCCGGCAAAACAUGGAUAGGCGGUGCAUCGUUCCCAUUAUCCCAGCCGCUGGGGGGUACGAGCAGCGCAUUCGAUCUCCCCCCUUCGAAUCAGGUUUUCGCCCUAGUGGCCAAAUACUUCCGCGGUCCGAACCAGGCCAUUCCCCUCUUUGACCAGCCAAGCUUCAUGCAGAUGUUGCAGGACUGGUACCAGCAACCAUCAACGCGAGAUUCGGCUUCAUGGGCAUCCAUCAAUGUGGUUCUAGCCUUGUCCGCCCACCAUGACAGACUCCCUGGAAAUGAGAAACUUGCUCAAGAAUGUUUGAACAAGGCUCAGUCGGUGCUGAACAUUCUAGUCUCCAGGGAGGAGGAUCUCAAGGGGAUCCAGGUCCUAUUGGGCCUGGUCACACUUUUCCUCGGCAGUCCACAUCCACAGCCGACCUGCGUUUUGAUUGCAACCGCAGUGAAGCUCGCCCAUAGGCUUCGACUUCAUGCCAGAGAUAGUCGCAGGCCGGCAAACGGCGAGGUAUCCCUACAAAUGGACCGCUUAUUCUGGAUUACAUAUGUUCUCGAUAGAGACAUUUGUCUACGAGCUGUCGAGCCCUAUGCCCAACAGGAGGACGACUUCGACGUUCAGCAACCCGGAUUAACGGCUCCUGAUGAUGGGGCCGGGAUGUUGAAAAUCAAUGACAUCAGGUUCAAUUACUUUCACCUUCGCGUCCAGCUGGCGCAGAUCCAGGGUCUUACUUAUCGCAUGAUAUUUUCCGUGAAGGCCGAGAAGCUACCCGCUGACCAAAGACAGGCUGCCGCUGAGUAUAUCGAUGGUCUACUGCACUCUUGGCAGGCUUCCAUCCCAGCCCAACUUCUCCCCGAACAUAUCCUUGCAGCACAAAAGGAGCCUUCAGACGCUCACAUGCACCUCAUCUGCUUACACCUCGACGCAUACCAUGUCCUUUUCACGGCUCAUCGGAUCCAUGCUCGUGAUUCCGACUGGAUUCACCGCUUGACCACCUUUAGUGAUCGAUUCGCCACCUCUACCGAGCGUAACGUUACCACAAUCGCGCACACUCCAGAUUCAACAAACUCUUCUUUCAUGUUAUUCCCGCCAAAUUGGACAUAUUUCGUGGAGGUCGCGAGGCUUUGUAUAAGGCUGAUUAGAAUGAUCGAGUGGAACAACAACUCGAGAUUUUGGACCGCCAUAUGCAUUCACCAGACAGCCCUCAUCAUCCUUAUCGCAAACAAUUUGACAGUUGAGGAGUCUAAUGUGCACGACCAAAUCAACGCUGAUGCUCAGCUCAUCAGCGAUGCAAUGCAGUACUCCCAAGACGCCAUGACACUCCAAAGCGACAAUGAGUCUGUAGCCAUGUUGGCUGAGCUUCACGGUGCUUGCUUGAAGUUGCACAAGCGUGCCUUGAAAGCCAUCCAACGGCUUCAGACGAGGGUCUAGGUCGACGGAAGGGAUACUCUCACUAUGGUAUUGUAGGCCCAAGUAGCGCAUUCGCGUCAUAGAUAGCUUCACUUCGAGAUCACCACCUGGUGGAGAGGGUGUUCAGUAGUUGUUGGAAGGCAGAAGGAGCUGCAGCUCCGUAAAAACUAGAAUGAUCCAUGCUAUAACGUUCUGAGAGUUUGUGUGUAGGUAGUCUUACAUGUCGUC